AUCUUGCAGCUAGUUAUAUAUAUUAUCAAGCACAUGCAGGACAUGUAGAUGGCAACAUAGAGUGUAAAUGCAUUUGUUGUAAUAAAAAUAUACAAGCAAGAGAUUUAUUUUUAAUGUAUACUAUGGCAAACACUGAACUAUGGCUUCCAUUUAAAUGUGUAAUUAAUAAUUGAAACACAAACACAAUUUUUGCUACAUUUCUAUUCAGUCAGAAUGCCAUUGAAAAUUGUCCGGCAUUUCACGUCUGGUAUGCUUGCCAUAGGUUGUCAAUUCCUAUUAUAGUCGAUGAUAAACUCAUCUGUAAAUGUCAUAUUGGUAACAUAAUAAAAGAUUUUGCAAUACAUACAGGAAUAUUGUGGAAUAACUAAACACAUCUCAUCAAAACUUCCCUAUCACCAUUUAUUUUACCAAUUCUCAAAAGAAUAUUGAUUAUUGUCUUAUAUUCUUGAAGGGUGCAACUGGCCUUGCAACCAGCACCAUCUCAUUCACACGCAAACAAUGUUCCAUUAUGUAUUCGCAUUAAUAUCCCUUAGUGGGGUUCUUGGGAGCACUCCCUCUGGGGGCACAGAUGGCAAUUAGCUUUCCCUUGCUUUGUUUCAACUGUCGGUAUAGGGUAAAGAUGCCUAUUAUGAGAUAGGCGCCAAAUUUGAGAUACCGAGGUUUUGGCCAAACUAUUAACGGCAACCAUUUGGCGCUACUGUCACCCGAAGCGUCCUGGCAACACCUUAAAACGUAUGUCAGUGCGUGCCGGCCAGAGACACUGUUAGAACGUGGUAGUGCGAAUUUUCAUAGAAGUACGAAACAAAUUUUUUGACAUUAAAUGUUUACGAGGUAUUUAACAACGUUAUUAUUACGCUAAAUUCUUUUAAUUUACAUUCAUUGUAUCAAUUAUAAGGUCAAUUCCACGAUAUUAGUGUGGUACUGUUGUUUUCUUUGUCAGCAAAAAAAGUAGGAAGCCAUUUUGUAAAAUUUGGAUGUGUUCUCAAUAUGAGACACAUGGGGGUUCCUAAAAUGAGAUAUCUCAUAUUAUGAUACAUGUGUAUCCUAAUAUGAGAUAUCUCAUUUCAUAUGUGAGGCGAAAGUAUACGUAUUAGUUUAAGUUAUUUUUUAUAUAUUUUAGAUGGCUCCAAUUAAAAGGAAAACCUGGGAUCACCAUGCCAUGAUACGAGCCGUGAAUGCAGUGCGGAGCAACCACAUGGGUUACUUAAAGGCAUCAAAACAAUUUGGUGUUCCUAAGGGUACCCUAGAGCGCUACGUCAAGAAUGAUGCUCAUGCUGAAGUACUUGUAAAGGUUCGUAUGGGAAGACAUCCAGUCUUGCCUGACCAUUUAGAAGUAGAGCUGGAAAAAUAUUGCAAAGAAAUGGAUCAACGAUUUUAUGGCUUACGUCUGAAGGAUAUUAAGUACAUGGCGUUUCAAUUGGCUAUCAAAAAUAAUCUUAAACACCCCUUCAGCUUGUCUAAAGCGUCUGCUGGCAAAAAGUGGCUACGUGGUUAUAUGAGAAGACAUCCUGCUUUAUCAGUUAGAACACCUGAAGCAGUUUCUGCUGCAAGAGUGAAAGGGUUCAAUCCUGUUGCCGUCAAUAAUUUCUUUGACUUAUAUGAGCCAGAAAUUGAAAAGAUAAAAUCCUCUCCACAUAGAGUGUACAACGUUGAUGAGACCGGAAUAACAGUAGUACAACAUAAACGGUCCAAAGUCGUCAGCGUGAAAGGCGAGCAACAGGUUGGUGCGUUGACAUCAUUGGAAAGAGGCAAACUAAUGACCGUAGUGACGUGCAUGAACGCUUGUGGUAGCUAUGUGCCACCAUUGAUAAUUUUUCCAAGGAAAAAUAUGGGCCAAGAACUAAUGGACGAUGCACCUGCAGGUUCAAUAGGCGAUUGUCAUCCCUCUGGUUGGAUCCAAUCACACCAAUUCACAAAGUGGUUUCAACAUUUUAUAAAUUUUGUAAAACCAAGUGAAGAUGAUCCAGUUAUUUUGAUUUUAGAUGGCCACUACACACAUACAUGCAACAUUGAUGUAAUAAAUUUAGCUCGAGAAAAUAAUGUAGCUAUUGUUUGCUUACCGCCACAUUGCACGCACAAAAUGCAGCCCAUGGAUGUGACGUUUAUGAAACCACUGAAAACUUAUUACGCCCAAGAAAUUGAAACAUGGCUGCGAAAUAACCCAGGACGCACAGUGACCAACAAAUACGUAGUUAGAUUAUUUGGCAUUGCUUAUGAAAAAGCUGCAACUAUGAGUAACCCCGUCAAUGGUUUUCGGAAAACUGGAUUGUUGCCUUGCAAUCGCUAUAUUUUUACAGAUGAAGAUUUUUCAGUUUUUAAUGAUGAAGAUCAACGUCGAGGUGUACUGAAUGACCAGACAGAUAGACCUUUCCAGACUCACCACGUUUCACCUGAUCAUGGAGUGUCAAAUGAGAAUCAGGAGGAUCAGAGAGCCGAACACUGUGUAACCCCUUCAAUUGGAAAUCCUCUUGAUGAGAAUCACGCAUUGGCAUCUAGUGCUGGCUUAUAUGAAAAUCCAAUGCCUAGCACAUCGUCUCAUGUCUCACCUUUUGCACUUAAGCCAAUACCCAGGCUGUCUAGAAAUGAUUCUGCCAAGAAAACCAGGGCUGGAUCAGCUGCCAUAAUUACUACUUCUCCAUAUAAAAACACACUUAUAGAAUGUUUAAAUAAAAAGAAAGAAAAGGAAAAUAAAAAGGAUCAGAGGAAAAGCUCUAAGAAUGCAAGCAAAGAACAACAGACAAAGAAGAAUAAUAAGAAAGUUGCGAAGAAAAAGAAAAUUAAAGAGCCGGACGGUUCCAGUUCUGAAGAUGAUAACGUACCGGAACUCGCAGAUAGCAGUAGUGAUGAUGAAUCAUAUGACGCUGAAUGUCCAUACUGCAGUGGGAGGUUCUCGGAAGACACGAGAGGAGAAAAAUGGGCUAAGUGUCAAGGUUGUUUCAAGUGGACUCAUGAGGAAUGUGGAGAAGUAACGGAAAAUCGUUUUUUGUGUUCUUUAUGUUUAGAUAUGUAA